GGUCCCAGAUGUGUCCCAAAGGGGUCCCAGGUGUGUCCCCCCAAAAUGUCCCAAUGUCCCCCAGAGGCGUCCCAGGUGUGUCCUCCCAAAGUGUCCCAGGUGUCCCCCAGGUGUCCCCUCGCCCUUACCCCAGAUGUGACCCCCGAGGUGUCCCAG